AAGAAAAUGUGCCAAUCCUUGUUCUUUUUGUUUCUUUGCUUUGUUGCUUGCUGCUGUAUGCAACUUGCAGGGGCUAAGAGACAUGCCUUCAAUCCAGGAGAGAAACGAGUGAAUCCUGAGGGUCUCAAGGACUUGGUUGUAGACUUGCCAGGGCAGCCUCAGGUAGGUUUCCAGCAUUAUGCAGGUUAUGUGACUGUAGAUGAGAAGCAUGGGAGGGAGCUCUUCUAUUGGUUCUUCAAGGCUGCCUCCGGCGCCAAAGGAGAGAAACCUUUGGUGCUAUGGCUAAAUGGAGGCCCAGGCUGUUCUUCAGUGGGGUAUGGGGCAACACAGGAGAUUGGCCCUUUCAUUGUCAACUCCAGAGGAAAUGGUUUGGAGCUCAAUCCUUAUGCUUGGAACAAAGAGGCUAACGUAUUGUUCCUGGAGUCGCCAGUUGGUGUUGGCUUUUCAUACUCAAAUAUGACGUCCGAUUACGACCUUCUUGGAGAUGACUUUACUGCCAAUGACACUUACUCAUUUCUGCACAAUUGGUUCAAGAAAUUCCCGGAAUACAGAAAUCACAGCUUCUACAUUGCAGGAGAGAGCUAUGCAGGGAAGUAUGUUCCAGAAUUGGCAGAGCUUAUCUAUGAAAUGAACAAGGAUCCAUCUCUAUAUAUUGACCUUAAGGGAUUCUUGUUGGGCAAUCCAGAGACUUCAGAUGCAGAGGAUUGGCAAGGCAUGGUGGAUUAUGCGUGGAGCCAUGCUGUGGUCUCAGAUGAAACAUACAGUAUCAUCAAAGAAACAUGUGACUUCAACAGCAGCAAAACAUGGAGCAACGAGGAGUGCAAUAAGUCUGUGCAAGAGGUCCUGCAGCAAUAUAAAGAGAUUGACAUCUACAGUCUCUACACUUCCCUCUGCAUCAACAAUAGUUCUAACUCUGGAGUUUACACCACAGGCCCAGUGUACAAGAAGGAAUUCACCAUGAUGCCAAGGAUGAUGGGUGGGAAUUAUGAUCCCUGUGUGGAUGACUAUGCCCAUGCUUUCUAUAACAGACCUGAAGUCCAGAAAGCCCUCCAUGCAAGUGAUGGCGUCAACCUCAAGGGCUGGAGCAUCUGCAACACAAGUGUAUUCCAUGGUUGGAAAGACUCCAAACCUUCUGUUCUGCCCAUAUAUCGCAAGCUUGUAGGUGCAGGUCUUAAGAUUUGGGUAUACAGUGGGGAUACAGAUGGAAGGGUCCCAGUUCUAUCAACAAGGUACAGCAUCGAUUCUCUUGGGCUGCCUAAGAUUGGAUCAUGGAGGCCAUGGUACCAUCAGAUGCAGGUGGGUGGCUGGUUACAAGAAUACGAAGGGCUGACGUUUGUAACAUUUAGAGGAGCCGGCCACGCAGUGCCAAUGUUUAAACCGAGCAACUCUUUGGCUCUCUUCACAUCCUUCAUCACUGGUCAAUCGCUGCCUCUCCAGCGCAGCAACAGCUGAUCGACUGGUCAGUACUUUGCCCCCAAAACGAUCUGGCGGAAUUGAUUGCCUAUGCUGUUCAGCAGGUGCAAAGAAAUAAGCGUCAUGAAGUAGUAAUGCGACUGCAUCUUGUAGAGCAGCGCCUAAUAUUGUAAUAAAUAACAGCAAUAAAAUUAUUAAGCUGG